UUACGCUUAAUUCAUGCGACUCAUUUCAUAAAAAAUUUUGGCUGGCAGAAUAUUAGGGUCAGUUUUGACGUAUCCAUGGGAUUCAUAAGGAACCCUAAUCAGCACAGAAAAAACUCCUUAUGAUAUCCCUCAAGUGUGAACUAUGAAGGCGACAAGGUCCGAUUCUCCAAUCCUUCCCCAAGAGCUCAUCGGCGAGGUACUCUGUCGAUUACCAGUCAAGUCUCUUUGCCGAUUCAAAUCUGUAUCUCAUUCAUGGUACUCCCUAAUCUCCGAUCCCCACUUCGCCCAAACCCACUUCACUCAAACCACCAACAAAAUGCCCAAUCGACUCAUUCUCAUCUCCGACUUUCGGACUCUCUUCUCCGUCGACUACUCUGCCCAAAUUCCCGUCGCAACAGAGCAUACUUUCCCAUCAGUUGAAGAUGAAUCGUACGACGUGUGGUCCGGGAUUCUGGGUUCUUGCAAUGGCUUGGUUUUAGCUCUCAAUGAAUCAGAUUUCGACAAGUAUUUGCUAAAUCCAUCGACUGGAGAAUCGAAGAAAAUACCCGAAUCCCCUUUUGCCCUCGAUGCAGUCAAUGCGUAUAAUCUGUGUGGAUUAGGUUACGAUUCGACCACUGAUGAUUACAAGGUUGUGAUGCUUUCUUACUAUGGUGGUGGUGUUGAUGACGAAACUGGAGCUACUACUGAAACCAACACCAUUGUAAGUGUGUAUUCAUCGAAAUCUGAUUCUUGGAGGAAAAUCCAAGGUUCCUCUUAUCUUCAUUGUGCUGCUGAUUCACCUGGGGUUUAUCUAAAUGGGUGUGUUCAUUGGCUUGCUCAAAGGGGUUCCGAUUAUUUUCCUGUCAUUGUUGCUUUUGAUUUGGGGAAUGAAACUUUCUGCGAAUUUUUGCCACCGCCUUUCGUUAAUAAUGCUGUGUUGCCGUGGUUUUAUCCAGCAGUUCUUGGAGGGUAUCUUUGUGUUCUUGGAGGGUAUCUUUGUUUAGUGGCUAUUAUUGAUGUUUGGGUGAUGAAGGACUACGGGAAAAUGGAGUCUUGGACUAAAUUUACUAUUGGUAAGCCUGAUGACAUCUCUAGGAUUGAAUUGGUGGGUUUAUUGGAAGAUGGUGAAUUUUUGUUGUCAAGGGAUGCAGAGCAAUUGGUUGUAUAUAAUUCGAAAGACGAAACAGCGAGGGAUAUGGUGGUUUGUGGCAUUCCAGAUAGCUUUACAUCUGGGGGAACCUAUGUAGAGAGCCUAAUCUCUCCUGAACGCGUCCACAGGAUUGGGAGAGAAUGUGAAGCGUGUGAAAGAAUGAAAAGGUAUUAUCAACUAUAUUGGUAAAAAUGGAAAUUUCUUUGUUCCUCUAUUGUUGUUUAAUGGUUAUAUAUUCAUACUCAUAAUGCUUAUGGACACAAAGAAAAAUCACUCAAACAUAGUUAAAAUUGACACCAUUUAGGAUAUGAAGAUGAUUGAGGAUCUCACAGAUGCAUUCCUUGUUCUAUCCACUCUAUUGUAUCUCUAUCAAUUAGAAUGCCGCGGCUGAAUUUUUAGGAUAUAUGAGAAACAAAAUUUUAGCCAAGAUUAAGAUUAAACAAGUUACAGGACAGCAAAUAAACCAAGAGAGGGGAAGCAUACCGUCUUUAAACUAAGUGUGGCAAUGGCAUUAUCAUGUCAUCUUUGAAUGUGGAUAUAGCAACCACCAUGAUGAGUUACAUAAAUACCAAUAUACUGUUCAUUGUUCUAUAUUUUUAUAUUUCUAUUUUUAUUUUAAUUCUAUUCCCACUACUACUGCAGUUGUGUUUAAUUUAAGUGUAUGUAGUAAGUGUGAGCAAAUGUUGUUCUCAGAGCAGCCACUUUGUGAAAAUAAUUCCAUAAAAGAAUAAAUUACACUUUCACCACCGAAAGUAUGGGUCAUUUCUCAUGUUGCUCCUUCAAAAAAGAUAUUUCUACUUUGGUCCUUAAACUAUUUUUGGUUUCUCAUUUUUGUCCAUUUACCAACUCUCGCUACUGUUAAUGGGUAGUUUUGGAUUUUCAAAAAUUAAGUGUCACACUUUGGUCCUUAAAAAAAUUAAGUUUUCUUGUUUUAGUUCCUAAAAAAAUUCCUACUUUAGUGCCCAAACCCAAACCCAAACCCAAACCCAAACCCAAAAACCAUCGCCAUCCCAACACCCAUUCAUUUCAAAAACCAACUUCACAUCGGAUGAAAAUAUAGAAGUUAUAGUGGGUAUGCAUCGUUAGAGAAGCAAAAAGGCUGUGAAUUUCUGGGGUUAGUGGAAGAGGUCAGGUGGUGUGUUUGCACCAUUAGUAGAGGGAAUAGCAGGAAAGGGAAAUGGGGAGUUUAUAGUGGAGGGCAAGCGAGGGAAGGAAAACCAAAAGGGAAGGGGGUUGGUUGUAAGAGAUGACAAGUGGCAAUGGUUUACAGUAGAGGCCGUGAAAAGGAAGGGUGGAGAGAAAUGGGUGGGCCGUGAUCAGUGACAAGUGGAGGUGGUCUAUGAAAGAGGGUUGCAUGUUGAAAGAGAUUAUAUUUUAGAAGAGAAAAUAGAGGCGGUGGAUGAGAUGGGGAGGUUGUUAAUUGUGGGAGUGGGGUGAAAAGGUGCAUAGAGGAUGGGAAAUGAUGGGAAAGAAGGGGAAAGUUAAGGGGGUUAGCAAAGUACCCAUCUGUUCUAUAAUUUUUCUGUACUUUUGUUGUGCAAAUUGUGGUAAUUGUAGUGAACACUGCUAUGGAGUCCUUGCACAUACAAACUCAUUGUCCACCAUCUUGACUAUCUUUGACCUUUUCAGUGUCCUGUUGGAGGUAGUAAUUUUCGUCAUUCAUGGAGUACUUGAUCAUGUAUGAAGAACUAUCUCAGUUGUAUGUGUGUUGCAGUUGAGAGUUUUGUGAGCAUUAGGAGCAAGGCUUGUAUGUCAAUAUGUGAGAGCUAAUAUGAAAAGCUUAUCAUUGAGAUAGGAUAUUUAUUAGAUAUUCAGGUUCUGGACAAAACAUAUUGUAGCUUUAUCUUGAUGAUUGUUUGAAGUGAUCCAAAUAUCCUCUUUCAUAGUUUUUUUGGGUAAAUUACACUGACCUCCCUUGAGUUUACCUUAAUUAUAGGGACCUCCCCUAUAGUUUCAAAAAUAACACUAAUCUCCUCUACUUUUGAAAAUAAUACACAGAUUCCCCCUUCCUAUUAGAAUGACGUUAAUAAAGUAACAAAAACAGUGACAUCAGUCACAAUAAACAUGCAAAUGCCCAAAAUACCCUUGGCAUCCUUUAUAAAACCAUACACCCCUUCCAACUAUUUGCUUCCAAUUUCUAGCACCUGUUAACUGUCCCUCCAAAGUCUCUCUCUCUAUAACCUUGCUUGACAUGGAUGAAGAUUUCAUGUGAGCUCUCACUCUUCUUCUCUCUUAUUUCUGUGUAUUUUUUUUUUGGUGAACUAUGUAUUUUUAUUUUUAUGUAUAUGUAUAUAUUGUAUGCAU